AUGUCGUCGGUUGAGGCGAAAAAGGUGCACAUUCGAAUUCGCGAUAAUAUCACACAGAGUUGUCCGAACGUCGAUUCCGAUGUUAUUGAUGAGAGCAGCUUGAAAAUCAGCAUGAAGCUUCUUAAGAAUGAUGAUGAGGGCGACGACGAUGAGAAGGACGAGGUGCUGAUAACCGAUUUGAGCGGCGAGACGCGACGCAUCGAUUUUCCCGGAUGCUAUCGCGUCAAGAUCAAUUUCAAGAUGCUCAAACGCAUUGAGAAUCCGCACAUCGAAGCGUUUAUGCAAUUGGGCCAGAAUGUGCCGUGUCAGAGCGAAGAGGCGGCGCAGAAUUUGCGCGGUGUCGCCAGCAUUUGCGCCAACGUCACGAGUCCCACCAAUUGGUGUCCCGAGUCGUACAAUUCGCAUGUUCGCGGAAUGCUUCAAGGCAAAAGCACGUGCCGCUUCUGCCAACUCUGCGAGAACAUCAAGGAGAACGACAGCAAAUUGAGCAAAAUCCGCAAAUUCAUAACAAACGAUGAAGGCCGCCGCGAAGAGUGCUCGACGAAGGACGAUGUGCAUCGAUACUCGUUCAAGAUGUGCACACCGACGAAAGACGAUUUGAACAAUGAGGAGGACGACACAAAAGUGAAAGUCGAAGAGUACUGGCAAUACUUGAAACAGGUUAAAAUUGAUGGCAUAAUGACGACGGUGAUACACGUGAUGGAUCGCAGCGCGAUGACGUCGAAACGCGGAGCGCAAUGCCAGCAAAUGUGCGAGACGCUGAAUCGAAGCGAGACGAGCUCGUCGUAUAAGGAGACGCUUGAGCGCAGCAUCGAACGACUUUGCGCGCCGGUCGACACCUACGCCGCAUGCCUUUAUCAUACCGUCAAAUUCGAUGUCAACACGGAUGUUUGA